CUGUCGCUUGCUCGAACGGCAAUGCGGAGGCGGUGUGGCUUGGGGCGGAUCUCCAGCAGGUAACUGGAAGAGGUCGCUACGCUCGGCGACGGGAGAAGCGGAUGUGUGGCCGUUGAGAGGCUGUUUUCGGGGCUUAGGACUGAGCAGGUGUCAGUCCCCAGGAAGCGAGGGGAGGCUCUCCUCGUCCCGCCGCCCUCGGUGCUUUUCGGACGCGAGCGCCGGCUCCUAGGCUGCGCUCCAGGGCCUGAGGUGCCGUUAGCUCCCGGCUGGGCACGCCUCGCCUCACGCGGAAGAGGACGCUGUGGCUUGGCGGUGACGCUUCCAGGGCUUUCCUGCGAGGACAGCGGCCCUUGAGAAUUUCUGCGAAUGAAAGGGAAAAGAGUGGAAAAUGUGGGAGAUGGCCGUUUAUUAAGUGCGUUUUUUCACUUACCAGGUUUUACCGAAGAAACGUCUUAAGAGAUCCAUCACAUUUCCAAGGUUAACAUUUACAAUUUGGAGUUGUUGACCUUCUUAUAAGAAAGAUUUUGGCCAUCAAAAUGAAAACUUUAUUUGAAGUUCUAGAACAAUUAUACAAGAAGGUACUUCUCGGAGCCGCACUUGAAAAUGACAGCCAUGAUUACGUCUUUUAUCUCUACCCAGCAUUUUCAGAUCAAGGUGGUUCUACAGCCACCUCCUCAGACUGCUCAAACGCCCUUGAUGUUCAGGACAAGCAGGAGCCAUCCUCUGUCAGUUUGCCUACCUUUUCUGUAGCACCUGUGUGUUUGCAGAGACAUUCUCAGAUGAGCAGUACUGGAGAAAUAAUGCUCCUUCAGCUAACAGUGAUCAAAGUGAUGAUAACCCGAAUAUUGUCUGUGGAAACUGAAUUCCAUGCAAAGGAGAAAUACAGAGAUAUAAUUAAAAUUCUUUUAAAAUCAUCUGACAUCGAAUCUCAAUUGACCUGUAUGUUCCAAAACUCGGAAAAAUUGUUAUCUCACAUGGCUGCAAAGUGCCUUGCACUAAUUCUGUAUUUCCAACUGAAGGAAAAGAUAACAUUGAGUAAUUCCUGGAUUUCUUUUUGCCAAAAAAAUAUUUCUGAAUAUUCUGAAAGUAAUAAAGUAGUAUACUGCCUCUGGAUACUUACCUUUGUAAUUAAAGAAAUCUUUAAAGAUACAUCUUCACAAAAAACGGAAAUUCUAAAGCAGUUCCUGACUCCUUUUGACCCUCUUUUUGAAGUCUUUUACAAUUCCUUAUUUUCUCAGCAUUUUGAAAACCGCCAAGAUGCUUCUAAUAAACUAAUAAACAGUUUGAUAUGUUUCCUGGAAUUGCUUGAACUUCUUAUAGCCUCUAGAAUCUACCUGAAGUUACAUUUCACUUGCCAGAGGAUUUUAUUUUUGAAACCUUCUUGUGUGUUUGAUGUUAUUACCUGGCCUAUUCAGGCUUUUGUCAAAAGGAAGUUGAUCGUCUUCAUCAAAAAGUGCCUUCUGUGCAAAGUGGGUGAAGACCUUUGUCGGGGAUCUGUCCCUGUCUUCAUGCCACCAGAUAAUCCUUUGGAUGUGGACCUGUUGGCUUUGGCCAGUGCUGUUCUGCAAGCUGUGGAUUUGGGCUUGUUGAGAACGUUGUCUGUCCGUGGAAAACAUUCCUGCUUUGGAGGUGGUGAAGUCCUAGCUGGAUAUGAGCAUGCCCCUGGUCCAGAUCAUGUGAUUCUUAGAGCAUUGAGCUUAAUUAUCAUAAGAUCCUUAGAAAUCAAGUUUCAAAAUUGUGCUUCAGCAAAUGAAAUGAAAGUGGAUUACCAGAGGUUCAUGUCUGAGUUGCUGACCUUCUUAAAGCCUCACCUUCAGCCCUCUCUGCAAUCACACAACCUCUGUGAGUGGUUGUCUAGGGUCUUCAUAGAACAAGAUGAUGACAUGCUGGAGGCUGCCAAAGCAUUGCUGGGCAUCUACCUGAAGUUGACCAGCUUUGAAUUCAUUCUCAAGCAGGGCAACCAGCAGUGCCAGACUGACAGCAGCCUUACAGUUAAGAUCUUUAAUAGUGCCAGCAGAAAUCCCAGAGGAGAUCUGAUUAACCUGCAUGAGUCACAGAUUCAUGUUGAAAUCAUGGUGGCUAGGACCAUGGGUACUCUGAUUAGUUAGCCUGGGUCACAUGCCCACCCCUCUUGAGACAAGUGUGGAAGGAAAGGAAGGAGGUUAAUUCCCACCUUACCGUGUAAAAUUAGUUACCUGUAGGAAUAAGAGACUCUGAUGUCAAUAGACAGGAAGAUGGAGGAGGUUUGUUGGAUGGAUACAAACUAGAACUACCAAAGUCAAAGGGUAUUAUUUAUUUUAUUGAAUCAGGUUUCUAUAGAGUUUGUAGAGAAAGAUUGUUUUGAAUUUUUUUCUUUCAAAAAUAAUGCAUAGAUUAAAAAAUAAUGUGGCAGAAUUUAUGGUAUGUGAAUUAUAUCUGUCAAAAUUUAUAUUUAUAGAGUCAUUAAUCUGGAGUGUCUGUUAUUUUCAGAGAAUGUGAAGCUACUGAAAGCUUGAGCCAAGAAACAGAAAUGUGGAGCCAUCACACACAUGAAAAUGGCUAUAAUCCACACUGUAUUUUUUUAUUUUUAUUAAAAAAUAUAGGAUUUGAUUCUACCGUUCUUCUUGAUUUUUUGAUUUCAUCAGAAACUUGUUUUCUUGAAUAUUUUGUUAGAUACUUAAAAUUAUUGCAAAAAGACUGGGAUAAUUUUUUCACCAUUUGCAAAUAUUUUGAUGUAACUGAAUCUAAAGAUAACAUACAUAUUUGUUGUUGUAUCUCCUCACUUGUCCAAGAUAGAAACAGCAACUCAACAGAAGCUAGUCCUUUGGCUGUUCUUGGUAGUCACACAAAUGCUCAUUCUUGGGUCUCCUGGACUUCUGCUGCUGCUUCUGAACCACUGAACCAUGGUGUAACGUUGGAGAAGGCCCACACCAAGCUCCAGGCUAACUGUCUUUCUACCCCAGGAGCUUCUCCAAGUCUGGUAGAUUAUGACAGCUCUGAUGAUUCUGAAGAAGGAUCCACAAGCCUGUAUUUAGUAAACAGUAGACUAACA